AUGUCAUAUAAUACAAAAUCAUCAAUAGAAUCAAAAAAUAUUGCUGAAAAUGGUCCAUGUUCAUCGGUUGGUGAACAUCCAAAUGCAAUAACAAAUCGUUUUUAUACAUAUGAAUGUGUACAAGAAAUUGUUGGUUUUAUUCAAAAAUUAGUUCCAACUAAACCAGAAUUAGCUAUUAUAUGUGGUUCAGGUCUUGGUGGUUUAGCUGAAUUAAUUGUUGAUAAAAUUAUAAUACCUUAUGCUGAUAUUCCACAUUUUCCGAAAUCAACUGUUAUGGGUCAUCGAAGUAAUCUUAUAUUUGGUAAAUUGAAUGGUCUUUAUGUUGUUUGUAUGCAAGGUCGUCUUCAUCCAUAUGAAGGUUAUACUACAGCUACGUGUGCUUUUCCAGUACGAGUGAUGCGUAUGCUUGGUGCACAUUCACUUAUUGUUACUUGUGCUGCUGGUGGCGUUAAUCAUGAUUAUUGUGUGGGUGAUAUUAUGUUAAUUAAAGAUCAUUUAAAUUUUUCUAAUCUAGCUGGAAAUAAUCCACUAAUUGGAACACGUUUUCCACCUGUUGGUCAUGCAUAUGAUCGAAAAUAUAUAAUAGAAAUGAAAAAAAUAGCUCAUAAAUAUAAUCUUCAAUUACGUGAAGGAGUCUAUUGUGGAUUAGGUGGUCCAUGUUAUGAAACUAUUGCUGAAAUUAAUAUGCUUAGAUUACUUGGUGGUGAUGCUGUUGGUAUGUCAACUGUUCAUGAAGUAACAUUCGCAGCUCAUUGUGGCUUUCGUACACUUGGUAUUGCAUUAAUAACUAAUAAAGGUUUAUCAGAUUAUAAUACAAUAUAUGAAGCUGUUCAUGAAGAUGUGAUUCGUAUAAGUGAACUUAAAGCCAAUGAAAUACAACGAUUGGUCUAUGACUUUGUUGAUGUUAUCAAAAAGGAAUAUUUACGAACGGUAGAUAAAGUUUAUUUGGUUUGUCUUGAUUUAUUUUUGGAAUUUUUAGUUAAAUCAGUAUUUCAUAAACGAUUUUCUAAUCUUUCAUCAGCAAUUACAAAUCGUUUAUGGCUUAAUGCUGAUACAAAUUAUGAAUGUGAUGUUUUAUUAACAUUUCCAGCACGUAUUGAUGAUCAUGUGAUAAUUUGGUUUCUUGAAAAAUUUAUUCAACUUCAACCAGAUAUUCGCAUAUCAAUCAAAUAUCAUUUUACUACUGGUGUUUAUGGAUUUUAUUUAACUUUUACUUAUGAAAGAAUUUUGAAAGGUGCCGAUGCUCUUCAAUUAGAAAAACCAAUUAAACAAGAAUUUGGUGGAGGAUAUCGAAUAUUUUUGUUUGAUGAAUUAGAAUUUUAUGAAGGUGUAGAAGAUGAAGAAAAUUUUUUUAGUACACAAGAACGACAAUCAAUUGUUUUUCAUCUUCUUUAUUCAAUAAGAAUUACUAAACUGGAAAUUAUAAAUGGUAUUAAAUUUAAAAUUGAUCAAUCAUUAAUUCAACGUGGUUUAGAAAAAAAUUUAAUUCGACAAGUUAUUCCAUUGCAUAAUAAAGAAAAAUUAAAUCAUUUGAGAGAAACAUGGGUAUGGCCAAAGAAUAUUUUUAAUCCACAACCAAUUGAAGAUAUUCGACAAUAUUUCGGUGUUAAAAUUGCUCUUUAUUUUUGUUGGUUAAGUUGUUAUACCAAAGCACUCUGUUUUCCAGCUCUUUAUGGCAUUUAUAUUUGGUAUUAUAGUAGACAAAGUCAGGAAAUUGAUGAUAAACUUUUUAUUAUAAAUUCACUUUUAAAUAUCAUAUGGGCAACAGGAUUUCUUAUAUAUUGGAGAAGACGACAAGCUGAAUUAGCAUAUAAAUGGAAUACACUUGAUAUGGAAGAAUUAGAAGAAACACGACCAACAUAUAAAGGCAUAUUACAUCGAUCUCCUGUUACAAAUAAAUAUGAACCUUAUUAUCCAUCAUGGAAACGUUUAGUAUUUCGUUUGUUUGUAACUAUACCAAUGCUUAUUAUUAAUCUUGUAUUGGUUUCAUUUUUUAUUGUUAUUAUAAUUCGUUUACAAAGUUGGAUUGAUCAACAAUUAAAAAUUGGUCGUUUACCUUCAUUAAUGUCAUUAACAGAAUUAUUACCAAAAAUUUUAUUAGCAUUAGUUACAACUAUUUUUGAUGAUGUUUAUAAAAGUGUUUGUCGUUGGUUAACAGAUCGAGAAAAUUAUCGAGAACAACGAGUACAUGAUAAUCAAAUGAUUGCAAAAAUGUUUGCUUGUGCAUGUGUCAAUUCAUAUUUAAGUGUAUUUUACAUUGCUUUUUUUACACAUAAAUAUAUUCGAUUAGCUGACCAAUUAAUUACUAUUUUUGUUAUUAAACAGUUUUGGGGUCAUGUAAAAGUAUGUAAAAAAAAAAAUUUGAUAUUAGAUGUAUAGAAAAAAAAGGAUGUUCUCAUAUCUGCUCUUUCAAUUGUUGACGUUAUUUACGUUUUCGAUCUAUUGAUUGUUUUAAUUUAAAAAUCUUUAACUCUCAUACUAAUAUUAGAAAUAAACUAUCCUUCUCCUUAAUCAAAGUAUCUAUGAUUUUAUAACAAUUAUUAUAGACUAUACGAUCUGAAAUUUUUCUAAUAAAAGGUAUGUAAGUUAUUCAUUAAAGUUUCAGCUAGCCAUCUUACAUUAUACUAAUUUAACUGAUAAUAAUUAAAAAUAGUUAGAUAGUAACAAAGUUUGAAAGAAAAAAAUAUAUUUGUAAAGAUGUGAGCCGAUCGACGGAGCUAUCAAUCACAAAACUUUAAAGAUAUACCAUCUGUUGCCGCCAACGUUCGAGCGAUUUAGCUGCUUUGCCGCCACUAUCCAAAAUAGUUGCUAAAGCUUCCAGCCACCGUCACGGUCGUGACACAAAAAUUUCUGAUGUGCCUAAAUCUGUUUUUGAAAGUGUUACUUAAUGGCGUAACCAGGAUUUUCCAAUAUCCUGGAUCUCCACCAGAGAGCAUGGAUCCCAAAUGAAAACUUAUGUACAUUGAUAUUGGACUCAAAUGAUGAAUUUCUAUCGGAAAAAAAUUUGAAUCAGAGUUUGCAAAAAAAAUUA